ACCGAAAGCCGCGGUGACUGCUGGGAAACUACAAUUUCGACAAACCGCCAUCUUUCUUUACAGAGAGUUACUAGGGCAAAUAACAAACCAGUUUUGAAUGAUUAUUUCUCCAAAAUAGAAUCAUUGACGCAAUUGCACUGGGUUAGUUAUUGUAAACAAUACGUUUAAAGUGGAGCCAGGUACAACAGGAUUCCAGAUAUUGCCCAUACAUCAGUCAUAAGACACAGUGGUUUGGUGUAACGUUAAGCGGAGGUGGUCAACAUGGGCCGAUCUCGGAGCCGCAGCUCGUCCCGGUCCAAACACUCCAAAAGCAGCAAGCAUAGCAAGAAACGGAGUCGGUCGCGGUCCAAAGACAGGGAGAGGUCCAAGAAGCGGUCCAAGUCCAGAGAAGCGAAAAGAAACCGUCGCAGAGAAUCUCGUUCUCGUUCCCGGUCCACCACAGCUUCGGCCCGCAGAGAAAGACCAGCCACGCCGCCGGAGCGCAUCGACAUCUUCGGCAGGACGCUGAGCAAGAGAAACGCUCUAGACGAGAAGCAGAGGAAAGAGGAGGAGGAAAGACGGGCAGAAAUGGAAAGACAGAGGAAGAUCCGGCAGCAGGAGAUCGAGGAGAAGCUGAUCGAGGAGGAGACUGCACGGCGGGUGGAGGAGCUGGUGGCCAAGCGGGUGGAGGAGGAGCUAGAGAAGCGGAAGGAUGAAAUUGAGAGGGAGGUGCUGCGGCGCGUGGAGGAGGCAAAGCGCAUCAUGGAGCGGCAGCUGCUGGAGGAGCUGGAGAGACAACGGCAGGCAGAGUUGUCGGCGCAAAAGGCCAGAGAGGAGGAAGAAAAAUCUAAGCGGGAGGAGCUGGAAAAAAUCCUGGAGGAGAAUAACCGCAAGAUCGCCGACGCUCAGGCCAAGCUGGCUGAGGAGCAGUUGCGUAUUGUAGAGGAGCAGAGAAAGAUUCAUGAGGAGCGCAUGAAGCUGGAGCAGGACCGUCAAAAGCAGCAGAAGGAGGAGCAGAAAAUCAUCCUCGGCAAGGGCAAGUCCAGGCCCAAGCUGUCCUUCUCUCUCAAGGCCACCGAAUGAGACUGCUCCCCGUCCUCCACAUGUCACGCCCUGCCUUCAUCCCCAUCCAGCUCCCUCCUCAUCAUCCGACCCCACUCCUCCUCCUCUGUGGAAUGUCGCUUCGUUUUGGAAGUGCUAAAGGAAGGCCGAGGAAAGGGUUGCAACCCGGUGUGUUAACUUGCUCGUCGCUGUGAAAGGCCCAUGUGGUCCCGGUCUUGAAGAGGAGGCAGCUCUUCGCCGUGAAGGACCUGACUGCUCCCUCAUUCUUCCUCCUCCCCACCGCACAGAUAAUUCUUAUUUGGGCUUUUUUUUUUUCUUGGUUUUAUUUUAAUUUUUAGGGAACUCGAACUUUUGAUGUAGAAUGCUUUAACAUGUCCCUUGCCCUGUUAAGUCUUAACUGGUGUAACAGCGCCUGCGCUCUUUUUACAUGUCUUCACAGCCAGCAAACUACAAUAGAACACCAGUCCCUGAUAUAGAAGAGUAUGUGUGACUUUGUCUAGUCCAGUCUACUGUAAAAGCUCAUGUGCAGCUUGGGAGUUGGCCUGUGGUUUUCCUGUUCAUUUAAAAAAAAAAAAAAGUUCCUAAAGUGGCUGACGCAGUGGUAACAGAUCACAGCACAGCCUUUAAAAGCGCAGUUAACUUCCUGUCCAGCUGACAGGUUUGUGUCUUCCACCUACCUUACUUCCUUUGCCCAUAAGCUCCAUUCAUAUACAUUUACAGCUUCUUUUGUUUCUGCUUCAGCUCUGUCUGCCAUGUAUAUAAUAAUUUUUUUCAAAAUGACAGCAGCAUGUCAACCUGAGGGGGGAUGUAAAGCUUGUGUUAGAUUUGAAGUUGCUGCAGUGCAGGUGAACUCAGCCUCGACUCCCAAGCUGCCCAUGACUGAACCACAAACUUACAACAGGAUAUGUGUGUCGUCUACGAUAAG